AUGAUUGACACAGCUUGGUCUUCGAGGCUGCGUCGUACCAAGAGAAUUACACAAGAAGAACUUGCCAAGCGUCCUGACCCAUUCUUUCUACCGAAUCUCCUUGAUGGCUUUAAAGAGACUAAAUACGGAUAUUUAGCUCAUGACAUAAAGCGACUUUGUGAGCUGCACAAGAACGUCUUGAAUGGUUCUAUCUCACUGGAAGAUAUCAAAAGCACAGAACAGAAGAAACAAGCCAAGUCUGCUCGCAUUCUUAUCACUGACUCCGACGAUGAGUUGCCCCAAGAAUCAGUUACUCCUCUAGAAAAAAGAGUGAAGAAGCUCAAGGCAACCGAGGAAGUGAUUGUUGUAGAUGAUGAUCAUCAUGAGCUUUUGCCCUUUCCUAAAUUCACUCAUGCCUCGGUUCCCAUUUUCGCUAACAAUGAUGCUCCAAGAGACGGUUCCAGUGAUGAUGUGAAGAGCGGAAAUUCCUCAAGUUAUGACGAGGUGGAUUCCACAGAUAAUGACAAUAUAACUGCUCCAUAUCCACACGCAGAAGAAGUAGAAGAACUUUGGAGGCAGAUGGCAUUUGCUGAAGAAUCAUCUAAGGUGACAGUGGAGUAUUCACAAGGUGUUGAUCUCAAACCACUAGAAGACUGUGACCAUUCCUUCAUCUACAAGGACGAUACUGGAGAAGUAUGCCGUGUUUGUGGACUCAUCAAGACACCAAUUGAGAGCAUGAUUGAGGUUGUCUUCAACAAGGUCAGUGAUAACUCACCCUGGUCUAUAUUGGCUUUGUUAGCUGUUGCAAAUCUUUCACUCCUUUCUUUCCUGAUGCAGCCGAAGAGAUCCCGAAGAACUUAUAUGCGUGAACAAGAUACCGAGGAAACAAGCAUGCCAUUCUCAGAAAAAAACUGGUCAUCUUCUCAGACAAACAUUUUGGGAGAGAAAAUGUUCAUCCACCCUAGGCAUGAUAAAGAGAUGAGACCUCACCAGAUCGAAGGAUUCAGAUUUUUAUGCAACAACCUUGGAGCUGAUGAGCCAGGUGGAUGCAUCUUAGCUCAUGCACCGGGAUCAGGCAAGACAUUUCUUCUCAUCAGCUUUAUGCAGAGCUUCAUGGCUAUGGAUCCUCAGGCUAAACCAUUGAUUGUGCUACCAAAGGGGAUCAUCGAGUCAUGGAAGAGAGAGUUUACUCUUUGGGCGGUCGAGAGCAUUCCCCUGCUUGAUCUUUACAGCGCCAGAGCUGAAUCACGGAAGCAGCAGUUAGAAGUUUUGACACAAUGGGUUGAACAAAGAAGCAUUCUGUUUCUUGGGUACCAACAGUUCGCCAAGAUCAUCUGCGAUGAUAACAUAGAUGCGGUUUCAGAAGACUGUAAACGGAUACUGCUCCAUAUGCCAACGCUGCUCAUACUUGACGAGGGCCAUACAUCGAGGAACAAGGAGACGAACAUGCUUAUCUCGCUUGCUCGUGUCAAGACUCCUCGGAAAGUGGUUCUCACAGGUACUUUGUUCCAGAACAACGUUGAGGAAGUGUUCAACAUUCUGAAUCUCGUUCGUCCCAAGUUCUUGAAACGCCCUGGAGCUCGGGAGAUUGUGUCCCGUAUCAUGAGCAAGGCAGAGACACCGAGAGGUAAACAGAUGAACCAUAGUAGCAUCGAAGGGACUUUCUUCGCUGCGGUGGAGCUCACAUUGCGGAAGAGCACAAACUCUUCUGCCAAAGCCAGCUUGAUACAAGAUCUACGCCUAAUGACCCGUGAGAUCUUGCAUUACCACAAAGCAGACUUCAGCGGCUUGCUUCCGGGGCUUGCUGAGUUCACUGUUAUGCUCAAUCUGAGCUCAGUGCAGAGAGAUAAAGUCAAGAGUCUGAGGAAAAUGGAUUUGUUCAAGCAGUUCUCUGUUGGUGCUGCUUUGUACAUACAUCCAAAGCUUAAGUCUUUCUUGGAGGAGAAUCCGUCGAAUGGAGAGAAGGGAUUUGCUGAUAACAGUAAGACGGUGAAGAAGCUUGACAAGCUGCUGAAGGAGAUCAAUGUUAGAGACGGUGUGAAGAUGAAGUUCUUCCUCAACCUCUUAGCUCUGUGUGAAUCAACAGGGGAUAAGCUUUUGGUGUUUAGCCAAUACAUAAUACCGAUUAAGACCCUUGAGAGACUCCUGAGCUCAAUGAAAGGUUGGAGACUGGGGAAAGAGAUGUUCACAAUCACAGGGGAUUCGAGCAAUGAGCAGAGGGAAUUGUCAAUGGAGCGAUUCAACAAUUCACCUCAUGCUAAAGUCUUCUUCGGAUCGAUCAAAGCUUGUGGAGAAGGCAUUUCGCUUGUGGGCGCAUCGCGAGUGCUGAUUCUCGAUGUUCAUCUAAACCCGUCGGUGACUCAGCAAGCGGUGGCUAGAGCUUACAGACCAGGGCAGAAGAAGAAAGUGUAUGCGUACCGGCUCAUAGCUGCUGAUUCGCCGGAGGAAGAGAACUACGAAACGUGUUCGCGGAAAGAGAUGAUGUCGAAGAUGUGGUUCGAGUGGAAUGUUGGAUCAGGAAGAGGUGAUUUUGAGUUAAGAGCCGUUGAUGUUGAUAACUCCGGAGAUGCAUUUCUUGAGACGAUGAAGGUGAGGGAAGAUAUCAAGUGCUUGUUCACAAGUCUAGAUUCUAAGGUAUCAUCAAUGGGUAAAAACAAGAGAGAGAGGAAAGAAGGAGAAGAAAAAUCUGAACACUCUGCUGCCACAGUAUGCGUCUCUGGCUUGCCUUAUUCCUUCACCAACGCUCAGCUUGAAGAAGCAUUCAGCGACGUUGGUCCCGUCAGGCGUUGCUUUUUGGUCACAAACAAAGGAUCAAAUGAACACCGAGGCUUUGCGUUUGUUAAAUUUGCUUUACCGGAAGAUGUUGAUCGUGCCAUUGAGCUGAAGAACGGUUCUAUUGUUGGGGGCCGUAAGGUUACAGUUAAACAGGCUGCGCAUCGGCCUUCUCUUCAACAGCGUCGUACUAAAGCAGCCGAAGGGGUCGCUUUACCUGAUAAUUCCCAGGCAGAGAGUGAUAAGGGCAGUUUAAUCCCUGAGACAGACAAGCAAGUUCCUCCACCCGAGAAAAAAGUAGAGAAGCCGAUUGAGCGCAAACAAGUAGAGAAGCCCAAAAAUAUAGAGAAGCCGAUUGAGCGCAAACAAGUAGAGAAGCCCAAAAAUGUAGAGAAGCCGAUUGAGCGCAAAAAUCCAACAAAGCUUCAUAUUGAUUUAGCUGAUAAAGAAACAUGUUCAGAUAAGCAAAGAGUUGCAAGAACUGUAAUCUUUGGUGGCCUUGUUAAUGCUGAGAUGGCAGAGGUGGUCCAUAGUCGUGCUAAAGAGAUCGGCACUGUGUGCUCUGUCAGAUAUCCCCUCCCCAAAGAAGAGCUUCAACAAAAUGGUCUUACCCAAGACGGAUGCAGGCCAGAUGCAUCAGCUGUUCUCUUUACGAGUGUCAAGUCUGCUUGUGCUGCUGUUGCAGCACUUCAUUACACAGAGAUAAAGGGAAAUUUCAUUUGGGCUCGUCAGCUCGGUGGGGAGGGCUCAAAGGCUCAGAAGUGGAAACUGAUUAUCCGAAAUCUUCCUUUCCAGGCUAAACCUAGUGAAAUCAAACAGGUGUUUUCGGCAGUAGGGUUUGUCUGGGAUGUUUUCGUUCCUAAAAAUCUUGAUACUGGGCUACCCAAGGGCUUUGCAUUUGUCAAAUUCACGUGUAAGAGAGACGCAGAAAAGGCAAUUGAAAACUUCAAUGGGCACAUGUUUAAUAAAAGACCUAUAGCUGUAGACUGGGCUGUAGCUAAGAAUAUUUACAGUGGUGUUGCUGAUGCCGCUACUGCUCCAGCAGAUGGUGACGAAAAUGAAAGUGAUGGGGACAGUGAUAACAGUAGUGUUGAUUUGGAGGAGGUUGAAGAUGCUGUCGAAAGCCACCAAUCUUCAGGAGAUGAUACUGAUGAGGAGGAAGAGGACGGCAGUAACAAACCGAGUGAAUCAGAUGCACUGGAGAAAGAUGCUGGAACCAAUGUGAAUUUUGAAGAGGAUGCAGAUGUUGCGAGAAAGGUGCUUAAGAACUUUCUUGGGUCUUCAAAAGGUUCUAUUGCUUCUCCUGAUGGAGAGAAAAAGGAGUCAGAUAAAAACAAACUUGAGGAUUCGUUAAAUAAGGCUGGCGCUGAUUCUGGUGUCUCUGAACCUCUGAAAUCUAGUAAAACGAAAGUGAUGGCUCCUAAAGUAACGCAGGAUGAUGAGGAUUUUGAGAGAAAGGUAUUCAUAAGGAACCUCCCAUAUGAUGUUAGUAAGGACGAUGUCGAACAGAGGUUUGCUGAAUUUGGGCAAGUUGAAUCGUUAUUCCUAGUUCUCCACUCAGUCACAAAACGACCAACAGGAAAUGCUUUUCUCAAGUUCAAAACAGCAGAAGCAUCAGAUGCAGCCAUUUCAGCUGCCAGCACUGCCUCAGGUGUCGGUAUCCUUCUUAAAGGCAGGCAACUGGACGUUAAGAGAGCUGUGAGUAAGAAAUCUGCACAGGACAUAGUACUCGAAAAGACAAAGGAGAAGAAUCGUGACCAUCGGAACAUUAAUCUUGCUGAGGAAGGUCUUAUUCUUGAUGGUACACCUGCUGCCGAGGGUGUUUCUGCAGAAGAUAUGAACAGGAGACGAACAUUGCAUCAUAAGAAGAUGAAAAAGCUUGAGUCUCCUAACUUCCAUGUAUCUAAAACGAGGCUUAUCAUCUAUAAUGUGCCAAAGUCCAUGAAAGAAAAUCAACUACGAGUGAUCUUAGUUAAAGCUGUUAUCUCACGAGCUACAAAGCAGAAGCCAACCAUCCGACAGAUCAAGUUCUUAAAAGAUCAAAAGAAGGGUAAAGUUGAUACGAAGAACCACUCACGUGGAGUUGCGUUUGUAGAGUUCACACAGCAUGAGCAUGCUCUUGUGGCCCUGAGAGUACUUAACAACAAUCCUGAGACAUUUGGUUCUCAACACCGCCCUGUUAUAGAAUUUGCUCUUGAUGAUGUCCGGACGCUGAAGAAACGAAACGAAAUGCAGCAACGGUUUCAGCAACAACGCACUAGACACGACGAAUCUGAGGAGCAGCAGGCAAAUGGCGAAGCACAGGCAGAGGGCAGCACUGGUCCAAGGGAAGAGAAUGCUACCGGGUUUAAGAAGAAGAGACCUAUGCGCCGCCCACGUGAACAGAGGAGAGAAGAAGCAAAAUCAGAUGAGAAGAGUGUCUCGGUGAAAGAAGAUGCGAGGAACAAGAGAACGACGAAUCCUACACGCACACAAGAACAGCCUUCAAACCAGAAUGGCCAGCGGAUGAAACAACAGCAAGAGUCAACUGAGAAGCCGAACCCGAAGAAGAUGUCCAAAGAUAUGACCGAUGUACCGAGAAAGAGGAAGCUUGGGGAGGUGAGAGGUGAAGAGAGUUUGAAUGGGCAGAGGAAGAGACAAAAAGAGAAACAGAACGAGAAGAAGAAGCAAGGUGGUGGAGAGGUUGUGGACAAACUCGAUAUGUUGAUUGAGCAAUACAGAUCAAAGUUCUCGCAGAAGUCAUCAGCCAAAACCGGCCCACAAAAACAACAGAGUACUGGACAAGUCAGGAAAUGGUUCCAGUCUUGA